AUGACAUUCCACCCUGUGCCGCAGCCCCCACCGACGUUCUACCCGUUUCGCGCACAUUCUAUGGAUGUAUUUGACGCCAAGCGUCUGAUUGGCCGCAAGUUCGACGAUGCCGAAGUGCAAUCUGACCUCAAGCACUUCCCCUUCACCGUGUUCAGCAAGGCUGGCAAGCCAUACAUCCGAGUCGAGUAUCGAGGGGAGGAGAAAGAAUUCUCCCCCGAAGAGAUUUCUUCCAUGGUGCUCCUCAAGAUGAAGGAGACGGCCGAAGCGUAUCUCGGCGGCACCAUCACGAACGCGGUCGUCACGGUCCCGGCCUACUUCAACGAUUCCCAGCGCCAGGCGACAAAGGACGCCGGCACGAUCUCGGGCAUGAACGUCCUCCGCAUCAUCAACGAACCCACCGCAGCGGCUAUCGCAUACGGCCUCGACAAGAAGGUCGCUGCGGAACGCAACGUCCUCAUCUUCGACCUCGGCGGAGGAACGUUCGACGUGUCCCUCCUGACCAUCGAGGACGGUGUCUUCGAGGUCAAGGCUACUGCCGGAGACACGCACUUGGGUGGCGAGGACUUUGACAACCGUCUGGUCGACCACUUUGUGCAGGAGUUCAAACGCAAGAACAAGAAAGCGGGCCAAACGCACGCUCUCCUCAGCGCCCAGACUACGAUCGAGAUCGACUCGCUCUUCGAGGGCAUCGACUUCUACACAUCCCUCACGCGGGCCCGUUUCGAGGAGCUCUGCGGCGACCUCUUCCGGUCGACUCUGGAUCCUGUGGAGAAGGUCCUGCGCGACUCGAAGAUCGACAAGGCGAACGUGCACGAAAUCGUGCUUGUGGGCGGGUCGACGCGGAUUCCACGCGUGGUCAAGCUCGUGUCCGACUUCUUCAACGGCAAGGAGCCCAACAAGAGCAUCAACCCCGAUGAGGCGGUCGCGUACGGCGCAGCCGUCCAGGCCGCGAUUCUCUCCGGCGACACGUCCGAGAAGACCAGGACGUGCUGCUGCUCGAUCGUGGUCCCGGCGAAGAAGACGCAGGUGUUCUCGACGUACGCCGACAACCAGCCCGGAGUGCUGAUCCAGGUGUUCGAGGGCGAGCGCGCGCAGACAAAGGACAACAACCUGCUCGGCAAGUUCGAGCUUUCGGGCAUUCCUCCGGCUCCUCGUGGUGUUCCGCAGGUCGAGGUCACGUUCGACAUCGAUGCGAACGGGAUCGUCAAUGUCUCUGCGUCGGACAAGACGACGGGCAAGUCGAGCCGCAUCACGAUCACCAACGACAAGGGCCGUUUGUCGCAGGAGGAAAUCAAUCGCAUGGUAAACGAGGCAGAAAAGUACAAAGCUGAGGACGAAGCGGUCGCCUCCCGUGUCGCGGCCAAGAACGGGCUCGAAUCCUACGCGUACAACCUCCGAAUUCAAUCAACGACGAGAAUCUCGCGAACAAGUUCCAGCCCGGCGAGAAAGCGAAGCUCGAGGGAGGGCUCCAAGGAGGAGUAUGAGGAGAAGCAGAAGGAGCUAGAGGCCGCUGCCAAUCCUAUCAUGCAGAAGCUAUAUGGUGGUGCUGGGGCCCCUGGGGCUGCUCCAUCGGGUCAAGCUUCAGGCGAGGAACCGAGUGUCGAGGAGGUUGACUAA